UUUAUAAUAUACAUUCUCAGCUCCAGCUCCCCUUUCAGUGUAAAAAAUGCAUUUGUGUUGUCUGACGAAUAAAUCUGGCAUGGUGCUUACAUAAUGAAGGAUAAUUAGUUUAAGCUGCAGCAUUCGAGGCUGCCUUUGGUGGCUCUGCCAGAUGUAUCAAGGACUGGUAGCAGGCCAAAGAGAGUCAGUCUUAUUCUGCUGAAAGCCUCUUCGUGCAGUCUGCCAGCUGCUGCUGUUUCAGAGCCAAAGUGGAGAGUCCUCUCACCACCUCCCCCCACCCCACUCCCUGCACAGGCAGAGACAAAAGGCCUGGUUCGCCCGCUGAAUACUCCAUCCGUCCCUUCAUGCACGGCCGUAGUGGUGGUGGCGAGGGGUUCAGGAUAAUACGAGGCCUGGGCUGGGACUGAAAGCUAGGACUGACCCAGGGAAGGAGAGUGGGAGGAGGGGGAAGGGAGGGCUGAGGAUGGAGGGUGGAAGCUGAAGUGGUUGGGGCUGAGUAAGGGCAGGUGCUGAGGCCUCCAAAGGAAGACUUUUUUCCACUCAAUAUCUCUCAGAGUGGGAAAAAAAAAUCUGAGAAGGGAUGGAAAGAAGGAAGGAAAGAAGGUUUGGCUAGUGGCUGGAGAGGGACGGAGGCAAGAGGGGUGAUCACCUCACUGGAACAGGAGCAGGAAUAUGGGAGAUAUGAAGACGCCUGACUUUGAUGACCUGCUGGCGGCCUUUGACAUCCCUGACAUGGUGGAUCCUAAAGCCGCUAUUGAAUCUGGCCACCAAGAUGACCAUGAUGGACAGCUCAAGCAAACCAGUGGUGGUGUGACUAACAGUGAGAAUGAGGCCCAACACCCCUCAGCAGCACAUGAUGUAGGUGUUAGUGUCAUUGUGAAGAACACACGAAACCUAGACACAAGUGACCAUUGUGGGACUGAAUCAGAGAGGGGUAGGCAUUUCCACUCCCAUUCCCGACUCCCUUCUGUUCACAAUGGACUUCAUAAUAUUUUGGUGUCCACAAUACCAACUGGGGCUCAAUACACGAAGAAUGGAUGUAAAAUUCCCAGAGAGGAAGGCCAGAAAAUGAACAAUGAAUCAUGUACCUUCAAUCAGUUUAGCCCAAUUUCCAGCACAGAAGAGUUUGAUGAUGAUGAGAAAAUUGAGGUAGAAGACCCAGGAGACAAGCAGGGAGGUCACACAGCUAGGAAAGGGGAGCGGAACUCCAAAUCUGCUAAAAGGGAAAGUCUUUCCAAGCCCAAAACAAAUGGAGACCAAAAGCCUGAUCUUAACAACAAUAACAGUGGUACUUUUAGAAGUUGUAAGUUCAAGAAUCUCUCUCAGCCAACUUUACCUGAAGGGAAACUUGAGGAAACAAUGCCCAAGUCUCAUAGCAAAGAGUGCCAAGAAGGUGGGCAGUCAUCGGGACUUGGUAAUCCAUCCAGCCUUUCACAAGUCAAAUCCAAAUCCUCAACAAAACUUUCAUCUUGUAUAGCAGCCAUAGCUGCUCUAAGUGCCAAGAAAGCUGGUGCUGAAGACUUAGGUACUUUGGAUUCUCCUACAACACAACAAGAACCAGCACAGGUCAAAGAAAAUUCAAGAGUCCCUGAGAAGCCACAGGAUCAGGAAUCAGCCAUGGAGAUUGCAAAGAGACUGCUAACAAGACAACCAGACAGCCCCUCUAGUGUGACUAGUGAACGCAGCAGCAAAGGUUCCCCUGCCUCAAACACAGACACCACCCCAGUUAUCCCAAAGGUCAGGAUCAAAACAAUCAAAACCUCAACUGGACAGAUCAAGCGUACAGUCACCCGAGUCCUUCCAGAAUUUGAUCCUGAGGGUCUGAAAAAAAGAGAGAACAGCACAUCUGUCAUGACAACCAAUAAUCCUAGUGCAAUUUUUUCAACCACAGUAUUAACCACCACAGGGGGACCUUCAAUUGAAAUAACCAAGCAAAUGACAAUUAAACCUGUUGCAACAGCAUUCCUGCCAGUCUCAGCAGUCAAGACAGCUGGUUCCCAAGUUAUCAACCUUAAGCUGGCUAACAACACAACGGUUAAAGCAACAGUCAUCCCUGCUGCAUCAGUACAAAGUGCCAGCAGUGCUAUCUUGAAAGCUGCUAAUGCCAUCCAACAACAGACUGUCAUGGUACCUGCCUCUAGUCUGGCAAAUGCCAAACUUGUGCCAAAGACAGUCCAUCUUAGUAACCUCAGCCUUUUGCCUCAUACAGUGUCCUCUGCUGCCUGUGAUCUCCAACACACCUUGUACAAACAGCCCCAACAUCAGCAAUCACAGCAAGCAAAACAGCAGACAAUUCUCACCAGUCAGCAGUCAAAGAAAGUCUCUAGAGUUCAAGUGUUCACUAGUUCUCAAAGCUCUGUGGUGGAUGCCUUCAAUAAAGUCCUGAGUAGCAUGAAUCCUGUCCCUGUGUACAUCCCAAACCUCUCCCCACCAACCUCAGCCUGUAUCUCUCUACCCUCACUUGGCUACAAGUGCUUGGAGUGUGGAGAUUCAUUUGCUCUUGAGAAGAGCCUGACACAGCACUACGAGCGCCGCAGUGUGCGGAUCGAGGUCACCUGCAACCACUGUGCCAAAAGUAUAGUGUUCUAUAACAAAUGCAGCCUCUUGUCUCAUGCUAGGGGUCACAAAGACAAAGGGGUGGUUAUGCAGUGUUCACACCUAAUCCUAAAACCCAUCCCUGCAGAUCAGAUGAUUGGUACAUCAGCUGCAGGACCACACAGCGUUAAUGGCACCACCACUACCACUCAAGCACAUGCGCCUGCGGGUCAAAUGCAAGACAAGGUAUCUGGUGCUGGGAACCAACCUGCAGUGAUUUCAGCUCCAAGCAGUGCACCUGUUGUGGCAGCCAUGCCGUUGGAGGAUGAUGCAUCAAAGCUCUGCAGGCACAGCUUAAAAUGCUUGGAGUGUAACGAAAUGUUCCAGGAUGACAACUCACUAGCAAUGCACUAUCAACAAGCAUCGGAGCCCAGAAGUCAGAAAACAUGCACCAUUUGCCAAAUGCUUCUCCCAAAUCAGUGCAGCUUUUUGUCACACCAGCGGAUCCACCAGCACAAAUCACCUUACAUCUGCCCUGAGUGUGGUGCCAGUUGUCGCUCUGUCCACUUCCAGUCACAUGUGACCAAAAACUGUCUGCAUUACACUCGGAGAGUCGGCUACUGCUGUAUCCACUGUAGUGUGAUCUUUGCUGAUGUCGCAACUCUAAAGUCCCACAUACAAAGUGCUCACUGUGAGGUCUUCUUUAAAUGUCCUCUCUGUCCCAUGGCCUUCAAGUCUGCACCGGGAACACACUCACAUGCAUAUACACAGCAUCCAGGACUGAAGGCAGGCGAGCCCAAGAUGAUCUAUAAAUGUUCCAUGUGCGAUACUGUGUUUACUCUUCAGUCCCUCCUCUACACACACUUUGACCAGCAUAUAAUCAAUCAUAAAGUUUCAGUGUUUAAAUGUCCCGAUUGCUCCCUGCACUAUGCACAAAAACAGCUCAUGUUGGAUCAUAUUAAGGCCAUACAUGGAACCUUGAAGACCACGGAGGGCCCGCCAAACCUGGGGAUCAACCUUCCACUGAGCACGAAGCCCACUAAUUCUAACAGCACCAACAGCAAGAGCCCCCGUAAUAAUAACAAAGAUGGUAGAAAUAUCAACGGUCAAAACAAGGGAGAAAAGAAACCUUCAGCUUUGUCAGUAAAGAAAAAUAACAGUAACUGUUCAGAAGACUUGAAGAGCCCUCCCAGUUCAGGAUACACAUGUAAAGACUGCAAUAGCCUCUUCAGUUCCAGGGAGCUCUUUGUGGUGCACAUGAGGCGAGAACAUGGCAAGAUGUUGAAAAAGCACCCCUGUCGACAGUGUGACAAGUCUUUCAGCUCCUCCCACAGCCUUUGCCGACACAAUCGUCUAAAACACAAGGGCUUGCGGAAGGUCUACACCUGCCCGCACUGCCCAGCUCUCAGUCAGCCCUUUACUAAAAGAGUGUUGCUGGAUCAGCACGUUCAACUGAUGCAUGGAGUUAAAGAUGUAGGAGGAAAGACUCAUAACAUGGAGGCUUUACCUGACAAAGAAAAGAGCCUCAGCCCCAAAAGGAAGACAGAAGAUGAUGAAGGAGAUCCAGGGCUGAACUCCAGGGGCACUAUCUCGCAGCCACUGAAGAGGCUUAAGGUGAACAUCCUCAAAGUUCACAAGUGUGCUGUCUGCAGCUUCACCACUGAAGAUUUUGCUGCGUUCCAAGAGCACAUUCCUCAGCACAAGUCUGACGGCUCAUCUUACCAGUGUCAAGAGUGCGGCCUGUGCUACACCUCCCACCGCUCACUGGCCCGACACCUCUUUAUUGUCCACCGGCUGAAGGAGCCUCAAGGCCUUGGCCGAUAUAACGGACGGAGCAAGGAAGAUGAGGAGAGUCAAAGAGAGAACCAGUUCGAUGUUACUGAUGAGAACAGCGAUGGGACACCAAACACUAAAUGUAAGGUGUGUGGGAAGAUGUUUGAAACGGAGGGAAACCUGAACACUCACAUGAGGACACACGGGAUGGCAUUCAUAAAGGCAAGGAGACUAAGUGCAGCGGAAAAGUGAAAGAAAGACACUUUUUACUCAUUCCACAAUUCAACUUAAACAGCUUGUUAAACCUACAGUACCUCCACUGACUGUGUUUAUGUUGUAGGUACAUCAUGCAAAUGCAGUGGUAUAUAACAUGUAUACAAUACAAACUAAAAAGUGUGUGAUAUACAUCAAAGAUCAUUUAACGUGUCUGAGGAAAUUGAACAAAGUUUCUGGUAAAGAUGUUUCUAAAGCCUUACAUAGAACUUUUUUAGAAGAGCCUUUUAUGUGAAAUAGUUUCCAUAGUUGUCUUCUUGCUAGGACCAGAUAAUGUAUGGACAAUAUAUUCUAAUGGGAUUAAUCCUCAUACAGUCAGCAGUGUUCUAAACUUUCAAUGCCCAAUGAAUGUCUGUCAGAAAAAUAUAUCAAACUGUGGGAAGCUUCAGCUUCCCCAUAGCGCAGCUAACUUGAUUUGAAAUUGUUUUUGAAAAUUCACGGAGCCCUUUAAGACUUACCUUCUACAAAAAGGCCGCACUUCUUAUAACACACCCAGAAGAACACAUGUGCAGUAACUUUGAGCUGGAGUAAAAGUAAAUAUCAAACAAUUCAGGACAAUCGGUUAAAGAAGCAGCUUAGUGUCAUUUGAAUUUUCAUAAAGUGAGCUGCUAACAUAUCAACAAAGUUUGGAAUAUGGAAACAUAAAUAUGUGACGCAGCAUACAAAAGCUAGGCGAAGUUGUUUUUUUUUUUCCAUUUUAUGUUUCCUAAAAUUUCCUAAAACUUCUCGAUUAACAUGCGAAAAAAUAUAUAUAUUUAUUUUUGAUUAUUUUCUAUGAGGUUUAACUUUAGUAAAUGAUCAAACAUUCAAUACAAACUUCACGAAGCAUACAAGUAACCGUCAGUCGAUUACAAUUCACAGGCUAGAGACAGAAAAAAUAUUCAGCAUCACUAAAGGGAAAAUUUCGUUGAGUAUCUGAGUUGCACUCGUAUGCCUGAAUUACACUUCUGAGGCAAAUCUACGUAGCGCCUGUGUUUCAGAAGGGUUUAUGGUUACAACACUCCUGCAGAUGCAGAUUUAACACAGAAGUAUAAAUCCCCUGUCAGGCAUGUGUAGGGUGACCAUAUUUUGAUUUCCAAAAAAGAGGACACUUGGCUCAAUCAUGAAGAACUUGCUUAAAGAAACAUAUUUAAACGGCACCUUCUCUGUGCGGUUAUUGAAUUGUGAAAUAAAAUAUGCCAUAUAGGCUUUUACAAGUCAACAAGUGCAAAAAAAAAAAGCCUCUGGAAUUAAAUAAUGGUACAGAUAAUGGUAUGCCUCAUCUGCAUAGGAAAAAUUACCAGUACUGGGUCGGUACGAGGGAAAUUUCUUUUGCAGUUCGUCUGAAAAGAUGGACAUGCGCUUUGGGAUCUUUUAAACAUCAUUAGGUGCGUUGCUGCGCGCUGACUGUCCCGUCUGUGAGUGCAGAACAAGCGCUCACAAAGCAGCAGUUCGGGGAUGACGUCACACACAAGGGUCCUCUGUCGGACUAUAGGAAAACCCGGACAUUUUUAUCAAUCACGAAAAUCCCCCCUAACAGAACGUGAAGAGGACAUGUCCGGGGAAAAGAGAACGGUUGGUCACCCUAGGCAUGUGUGGCUGUGCUGUGUUUGAUUUGAACUUGAGCUGAGAGCUUUGAUGUGAGGAUUUGGGGGUAACAUUGCGCAUUGUUUAUAUGCAGUUUAUUCAUCAGAAGCACUUACAGAAUCUGUAUUUGUCAGACGGUGAAGUUAAGAUAAACACUGGCGAUAUCGUAAAGUCCCUUUCCUGUGCUGCGUCACAUAUGAGUUCAAAGCUCCCAACUUUACUGAUCAUAAAGUCAAACUUUACUAUAUCCUUUAAAGACACUUGUGGGCCAAUUUUUUUUGGAAGUAUUUUAUAAAGGAUUGUGAUAUUUUUUUAAGUUGAUGUUUCAUUACUGUCUUAAUAUACUGUAACUGGCAGCUCUUUGAGAUUACAAUUCACUUAAAAUGUUUAUUUACCUAAAUAUUGUAAAUAUGAGACAAAGCACUUGACUUCCUUUGAACAGCAGUCCUCUUUACAGUAUAUUGGCGUAAUUCUAACAAGAGCACAAUAACAUUAAAAUUGUAAGGACACUAGAGUAUCAUUUAAUUUGCUGCCUUAUUGUGUGGAUGUGAAUCUUUUUUCAUUUCAUGGUUCUUCAAGUUAUGCGAUGUUAUGUUCACUGACAGGAAUUAUACUGAAACAAACUUCUGAGACAUAAGAAAACGUCUAUGAAUGUACGCUUGGCUGUAAAUAGGCGACAGCCAAUUCAGUGAAAUAAACACAAGAUUGUUGCUCAUUGUUUUCUUUGGUCUCAGCCUUUCCCAAACGAAAGCCUCACUUUGUUUGUUGUUGUUGUUGUUGCUUUAUAAUGACAAUAAGACUUGAAAUGUCUUGCGCUGUAAAACUGCAUGCGAGAACCAGUCUGUUGAUUAGAAUGUGUCUUGCUGCCACUGCUGCCAUUUUUAAACAUUUCUGAUGCUUGUAAACAAAAUUGUUCUAAAUGUUAAUAAAUGAUGUCUGUUACACAGGAGACAUCACCUCUUCA